UCUUUGCCUACAUCCAAAAUGGUGAAGGUUAAAGCUCACGAACUUCGAGGGAAAAAGAAGGAAGAGCUUCUAAAGCAGCUCGAUGAGCUGAAGAAUGAGUUGGCUACUUUGGAAGUUGCUAAGGUGACUGGAGGGGCUGCCUCUAAGCUCUCCAAAAUAAAACUUGUUCGGAAGUCUAUUGCUCGAGUGUUGACUGUUAUCAGCCAGACUCAGCGUGAAAACCUGCGCAAGUUCUACAAGGCCAAGAAGUAUAAACCUCUUGAUCUCAGACCCAAGAAGACCCGUGCCAUGAGACGUGCCCUUACCAAGCAUGAGGCAUCCCUUAAGACCAAGAAGCAGCAGAAGAAGCUCACACACUUCUCACUGAGAAAAUAUGCUGUAAAGGAGUAACUCACUGCUUGUCAAUAAAUACCAUGUACAAAUAACAAGA